AUGACCAGACAUCAGGUGCUCUGUCACGCCUGCUAUAAGACACGAAAGCAGAGGAAUAGUAUGGGCAUACAUUCAGACACUCACGUCAUACGCACUCUAUGCCGGCCCCCUAUCCACCAAUACUGGCACAGGGAUCAGGCAUUGGGCCUCAACUACGUGUCCACCCCCAACCCAAACCACAACCCAAACAACAUGUGCGACGACGAAGUAGCGGCUCUAGUGAUAGACAACGGCUCCGGGAUGUGUAAGGCCGGGUUCGCCGGUGACGACGCCCCCCGCGCCGUCUUCCCAUCGAUUGUGGGCCGA